UUAUCGUGUCGUGAUUGAAUUUUAUAAAAGUGGUCUCGCGUAAAAUAGUAAAGUGGAAUGAUUGUCGGUGGCGUGAUUUUUGCGAGUUAUUUUUGGAAAAUUCUGUAUUUGUGUUUGCAAAAAAGUGAACUUUGAAGCUUGCCGUUAAAAAUUCUACCAAAGCCGGGUAAAUAACUAAUCGUUUAACAUGCCUGUAGGCAAGAAAAGCGUCCAGGGAUCUAACAACUCAACGACCUUAACCAAACAAACUCCGUCUGUGGCUAACAACUCAAAAAGUAAUCUCAUUAAUGCGCCAGCCCAGCGUAAUGAUGCCCUGGAAAGUCUAACUAAAGAACAAUUGAAGGCCGAAUGUCGGAAGCGCGGAAGGAAGACCACUGGGAAUAAGGCGGAAUUGUUGCAGAGACUGGGAUACAACAAAAUGCAGCGUCCUAUCGCAGAGCAACAGCAUAGGACGGAGACUGAACCCAAUGGUGCAAUGUUUAAAUCACCUCCAAAGACGAACACGAAUCAAAUGAAGACAAAUAGUUUAGUAUUAUGGAAAUCUCCUAUUCUAACAAUUAAGUACGCUGUUCUGGAAAUAAUUUCAUUGCUGCAAUGUUACGGAAAACGGUUGAUCCAACGACGGAAACUGAUGAUAGCAUUAGUCACAUUACUAGUAGUCAUUACAACACUUUGCCUCGUUCCUGGUAGUCAUCAGCAAAUCAUCCAGCUAGUGAAAUCAAAGGGUUUAUUCAUCAUUUACUGGACAGGCCUCGGCGUGCUUUCAUCUGUGGGUCUUGGUACAGGACUACACACAUUCUUACUUUACCUAGGACCACAUAUUGCAAGCGUAACUUUAGCUGCUUAUGAAUGCAACUCUCUCGAUUUUCCUGAACCUCCCUAUCCAAAUGAAAUCGUGUGUCCUGAAGAGGAAUCGAUUUCAAUGGCGUACCCAACUAUGUGGUCCAUCAUGUCUAAGGUUCGUUUCGAGGCAUUCCUAUGGGGCGUCGGUACUGCUCUCGGUGAGCUGCCUCCAUAUUUCAUGGCUAAAGCCUCUAGGCUCUCGGGAGCCGAUCACGAAGAUUUCGACGACAUCAAAGAGCUAGAAGACCGAAAAAAGCAUGGCGAUAAACUUAACCUGUUCGAGCGUGGAAAACUAGCAAUGGAAAAGUUUGUCGAAAAAGUUGGAUUUUUCGGGAUUCUUCUAUGUGCCAGUAUUCCCAACCCUCUGUUUGAUCUUGCUGGAAUCACCUGCGGUCACUUCCUGGUGCCAUUCUGGACGUUCUUUGGAGCUACGUUGAUUGGAAAAGCCAUUGUCAAAAUGCACAUACAGAAAAUUUUUGUGAUCAUUGCAUUCAACGAAAACCUAGUGGACAAAGCGGUAGAUUUUAUGGCUAUAGUACCCGUAAUAGGAAAGAAGCUCCAAGAACCAUUCAAAACAUUCCUUCAAAACCAAAAGGAUAGACUACACAGAGGAACAGCCAAAGUAGCACAUGGUUCAUCCAAUGUUAUUCAAAAUCUAUUUGAAUAUUUUGUUAUCUUAAUGGUCUUAUUCUUCGUAUCUUCUAUUAUUAACUCCCUUGCUCAAAGCUAUCAAAAGAAGCUACAAAGUCAAAAGAAAAACAAAAAGUCAUAAGUAAGUAAACAGUUCUAGUACAUAAUUUAUGUAGAUAAUGUAAAUACGCGAAAAGUAUCCCAAAUAAACGUUACUUUGGUUUUACUGCUUGUAUUGA